AUGUCUUCUCGUCAUUGUGUACAUUAUUGCCCAGGAUUGAAGGAUACGGAUCUGUCCAUCUUUGGAGUAGUUCUCUACUAUUCUUUGUUAAUCAUUGUAAGUCCCGUGGUUACAUUCUUCUCAUCCAAAUAUGUCUUUGAGGAUAUACUAAGCCUUGCAAGUACCACGGCUAACAUUAGUGCUGCUCUGUGUGCAGUAGUAAUGCUUCACGUUGCUCUGGGAAUGUACAUUUUCAAGGCGUAUUCUAAACCAACUGAAGUGCCUGACAAACCUGCCAAGCAAGAUUAAAUAGUUUUUGUCUUUUAGGUUUGUAUGAACAAUAAGAUGGCUGUAAACAAUGAAUUUCCUGAGUUUGUUAAAGGCCAAAAACUAUUUAUUACACUGAAAGACAACCGAAGUCUUGAAGGGACAUUCAGCCGUUCAAAUUCAGUCAGGAAGGC